AUGUAUGAACUACCAUGGAUAUUAAAAUGGGAGUAUGUUAUUUCGGAGGAUGUUAAUGAAGAAUGGACUUAUAUUCCCAAUCUAGUCCGAAGUAUCUUAAUCAGAUGGUGGGAUAAAUUCACUAGGGAUCACCUAGCUCCCAUCAAGAUCGUCCCAGCUCUUAUCCCAUCUCCCGAUUCUGCUGCUGCUCAGCCUUUGAAAGUCCUCGAGAUUCUUGAUCUGGAUGACAAAUCUAUGGCCUCAGCAUCUGCCACCCAACAUGAAGAUGAGGUGGACCCCUUUGCCAAUGAAGACAUGCUAGACAAUUUCCAUCCAGAGCUUUAUGGUGGGCCUCAGUAA